UUUAGACAGGCCUGCCCUGUGACCUUGUGGUAGAGGCAGAGGGAGAAAAAUUGUCCCCUGGGCAGGGUAGGGCCUCAGUGGGUGGGGGUGGGGUAGAGUAUUACCUAUAGUGGUCAGGCCUUUCUUUUUUCCAUCUCAGACGCUGCAGGUGGAAAGAAGGAGGGAUGGGAAGACACAGGCCCUGGAGGCCUCAUCCCUGUCCUGGCUGCUGUCAUCUGGAAAAUCUAGUUUAGGGAGGGUGGGCAACAAGGGAAAUGUGACUUUGUUUUUCCCCCCUCUUUCCACACCUGUUUGAGGACCCUGUGAGGUGAGGCUUACGCUCAGGUGAAGAACAUAGGGGAAUAAACCACCAAGGUGUCUGUCACUUCUAGCUUAUAGUCUAGUGAGUGAGACAGUCAUUAAAAUCAAACUUCAUGUAAAUAUGUGUGUAAUUACACGUUUCGAUAAGUGCUGUGAAGGAAAAGAAUAGUGUGAAAAUAUGGAGUGGAUGGAGGGCCAUGCUUUGGGUGGUCAGGGAACUCUUCUCUUCAAGUCCGACGUAAGGGUAAGAGAUGAGGGAGGACAGCAUUCAGGAGAUGGUCUCUGGUGAAAUAGAGGAACUGAGAGCUGGCCAGUGGGGCUCUGCACGGGAUAGGUGAGUGGGCGAGAAGGACGGGGCCAAGUCAGGCAGAGCCUUGAAGGUCAUGGGGAGUGGGGGACAGAAGUGCUGAACGCAACAAAAAGGGAGGGGGGCAUCCCCAUCCUGUCAGAAAGCGGGAAAACUAAUACAAGGGGAAGCCCGGGAACGUAAAAUCUCAACGCCCUCGUCCAUAAUAUGGCAAUGGUCACCACCAUCUCCUGGGAUGACUGUGAGGGCUAAGGGCGUUCACAAUGCAGAGGGGAGACACCGGGCUGCUCCUUUCAAAGGCUGGGGCUCCCCUCUUCCCCCUCCCAGGAAGAGCCUAGGUCUCCGGAGAAGAACCGCGUCUUCCUCCGGGCCGCGCGGGGGCGCUAUGGGCGGCGGCGGCCUGGGGCGCUGCAAUGGUCGCUACAGGGGGCGGAGGGGCGGCCGCUGGGAUGGAGGCGGGAAGAGCGCGGCACUUCCGCUAGCCGCUAGCUCACUGGCUGCUCCGGGAGGCGGCGGAGGGAGCGUGCGGCCGGGGACUGCAUUCCCCGGUCCCCCUCCGCCCCAAGCGGCCGGGACCAUGGACGCCAGGUGGUGGACAGUGGUGGUGCUGGCCACGCUCCCCUCCCUAGGGGCAGGCGGGGACGCUCCCGAAGCUCCUCCGGAGUCAUGGACCCAGCUAUGGUUCUUCCGCUUUCUGGUGAAUGCUGCUGGCUAUGCCAGCUUUAUGGUGCCUGGCUACCUACUGGUGCAAUACUUCAGACGGAAGAACUACCUGGAGACAGGUAGGGGUCUCUGCUUCCCCCUGGUGAAAGCCUGUGUGUUUGGCAAUGAGCCCAAGGCCUCUGAUGAGUCCCCCCUGGCUCCCCGGACAGAGUCAGCAGAGACCACCCCCACUUGGCAGGCUCUGAAGCUGCUCUUCUGUGCCACAGGCCUCCAGGUGUCCUAUCUGACUUGGGGUGUGCUGCAGGAAAGAGUGAUGACCCGCAACUAUGGGGCCACAGCCACAACACCAGGUGAACGCUUCACGGACUCACAGUUCCUGGUGCUGAUGAACCGUGUGCUGGCGCUGAUGGUGGCUGGCCUCUACUGUCUGCUCUGCAAGCAGCCCCGACAUGGGGCACCCAUGUACCAGUACUCCUUUGCCAGCCUGUCUAAUGUGCUUAGCAGCUGGUGCCAGUAUGAAGCACUCAAGUUUGUCAGCUUCCCCACCCAGGUGCUGGCCAAGGCCUCCAAGGUGAUCCCUGUCAUGCUGAUGGGCAAGCUGGUGUCUCGGCGCAGCUACGAGCACUGGGAAUACCUGACAGCUGGCCUCAUCUCCGUCGGGGUCACCAUGUUUCUACUGUCCAGUGGACCAGAGCCCCGCAACUCCCCAGCCACCACUCUCUCAGGCCUCAUCCUGCUGGCAGGCUACAUUGCUUUUGACAGCUUCACCUCAAACUGGCAGGAUGCUCUGUUUGCCUACAAAAUGUCAUCGGUGCAGAUGAUGUUUGGGGUCAACUUUUUCUCCUGCCUUUUCACAGUAGGCUCCUUGCUGGAGCAGGGGGCCCUCCUGGAGGGGACCCGCUUCAUGGGACGACACAGCGAGUUUGCGGCCCAUGCCCUGCUGCUCUCAGUCUGCUCAGCCUUUGGUCAGCUCUUCAUCUUCUAUACCAUUGGCCAGUUUGGGGCUGCCAUCUUCACCAUCAUCAUGACCCUCCGCCAGGCCUUCGCCAUCCUUCUCUCCUGCCUCCUCUACGGCCACACUGUCACUGUGGUGGGUGGGCUGGGUGUGGCUGUGGUGUUUGCUGCCCUCUUCCUUCGAGUUUAUGCUCGGGGUCGCCUAAAGCAACGGGGAAAGAAGCCUGUGCCCAUCGAGUCCUCCGUGCAGAAGGUUUGAGGGGUGAAAUGAAAUAGAACCGCUUUCCGCUCCUACUGUAAUUUCUCAUAGGUGGCUGAAUCAAGGGCAAAAUGCAGGUAUUUUUUGUGUCACAAACCAGCUUUGCAGCUGGGGGUGGAAAGUCCAGCAGGCAGGCUUCCCCUUUGCCUUAAGUCCUCUCCCCUCCAGUAGGUAGCUUUUAGCCCCCGGGGUAAAGAUGGCCAAAUGACCAUCCACCCAGUGGGGAAGGCACAGUCCAAGGCCCACUCCCCCCCUUCAGGCUCCCUCAAGUCUCACUCUAGCUGUUGGCUCUGCAGCCGACAGCACCUUAGCUGUGCUUGUUCCUUACCUUGAGUAUCAUGUUCGACUCCCUACCAGAGACCUGCAUUUCUCUUUGGUGAGAAAAGCACAAGUGUAGGUGCCAGUGCUGCUUUCCCAGGUAGGGGAGGGGGAAAGAUGGUGCUGCUGAGGGAAGGGGUGGCAAACCCCACCGAGUACCACCACCUAGGCUCUGCUCCAGGAGCCACUGCAGAUUUUGGUACUCUGAAAAUGUUAACUUUUUGCUCUUACUUUAUUAAAUUCCUACCAGGGG